AGGAAGCUGGAGCAGAGGUGGAUAGAGAAGGACUGAAGAAAGAAAAGAGGGACGGGAGAUAGAGGAGGAGGAGGAGAUAGAGAGAGAGGGCUGAGUGGAAAGAGUAUACAGGGGAGGGGGGGAGGAGAAUUGUCAGCACUUCCCUGUGGCCAGCCCAGUCAAGGCAGUCAGUCUCAGCAGCAAGCACUGUGUUUGUCAGUGCGUGGUAGUGUAGUGUUUCUAGACUCUACACACUCACACACACACACACUGCAAAAAACAGAGGAGGCUCAUGGAAAUUUAACAGGGGAGCGGCAGCAACAGAGGACAGGACAGGACUGUGGAGAAGGAGGAGGAGGAGGAGGAGGAGGAGGAAGUUAGCUGAGUCAGUACAGGAGAGGAGAGGGAGCGUCAGCAGCAUGUGUUGCAGCAUGUUUGUGUCGUCGUCUGCCCCCUUCACAACACAGAGCCCUACAGAGGCUGACUGUACACUGAGCAAAGUAGAAGGGUAGCAGAGGAUCUGCACUGCACUGUAGAGUCACCUUCAGCACAGUGGAGCACACUGCUGGGCUGAAGCUCACGCUGAGAGUUUGACCCAGGGGGACAGCAGAGCGCUGCUGACUGAAGCCUCGACCAGCAGCCAGCAGAAUCUGCCGUCUCAACCAGUGCUCCCAGACAUCCCAGUCGUCUCCGGAGUGGAGGAGAGCAGAGGUGCAGCUGGAGACCAAGAGGACAAGGAGGAGCUUGAGUUUCCCCAUGACCUGCUGCCCAGUCUAGACUUCAGCAGUGAGCUCAACAUCUGGGAGUCCUCGCUAGGAAUACAGACAAGCUCAGGUGAGAGGAAAUGUGAGCAGGUGAACCCCCUGCUGGUGGGCCUGCAGCAUCACAUGGAAGUCAGUCAACCACUGGUGGUUCUAGAUACAAGGCCUCAUGACAGUGACCCACUUCUCACAGAUGUCCCACCCUCGUCUCGGUCUGCUACCACACCUUACCCGGGUGUUCGACCCCUGACCCUUCCCCCCUCCACGCUCAUAGACUGGGAGCUCCAAGAGGCCUUCCAGGAAUGUGAAGAGCAAAUGGCCUCACUGGGCAUACUUAGUCCCACGGAGCAACACAGCACCACGCAUGAGGCGGUGCAUGAUGUAGGAAAGAAAACUGGAGAUGUGAUGGUUAAUAAGUCCAGUGAGUCAUCAUCCCUGCCUCCAAUCAUAGUCCAGCCAGGACAUAGCAACGGGGGCCAUGGAAACAAGAGUACACACGGAAACAGUGAGGCAGCAAACAGUCAGAAGGAUACACUUGUGUUUAGUUUCAGGGAUUACAUACUGGGUACUGAGAAUAGUGCCAGAGCAGUGGAGACGGGGAGUGAAAUAAGCACAACACAGAGACCGAAUGAAUGUCCAGAGAUUAAGCCAGAAAAAGAAACAGAGAUAGAUGAGCAGAAGGAAACACCCCCGCAUACACAAUUAGAAAUGGAAACAAAGACAGAUUCAUUUAAAGAAACCCUCAAAGAUGUUGCAUUCACUGAGCAGAGAGACAAUCUGAAUGUUUAUUCUAAUGUGGCCAUUGAGGAAAAUGGCAGUCUAGAUUGUAAAACCGUGAUUACAGACAGAGGCAAAGAGGCAAUAACAGAGACUGCAGAUAUAAAGAAAGAAAAUCAUAGUGAUGAGUGCAGUAUUAAUGUUUGUAUAGGUGAAACUGAAAAGAAAGAUGAUUCAGUUAAUGAAAUAUUAGGGUGCAGUAAUCCUCAUUUAGAGGAUAAAGAAGCAUCAGAGUUGCAGUCAAAAGCACAGCCUGGAACAGGCAGGCAGAAUCAAUCAGUGUUGAAAACAGACAAACAGACGAAUUCAGUGAGUGACAGACAGGAUGAGCAGGACAAAGAGGCAAAGAGGAAGGAAAAGAAGAAACAAAGGAAAAAGAAAAAGACAGAGAAGAAUGCAGAGACUGAGCAGAAAGCAAAGAUGGUAGUACAAUCUGAAAAUGAUUUACAGGCUGAGUCACUCAUGAACGCAGGCAUUUACGCAGAUUCAGAGGCAAAUGUACAAUCAGUAUCACAGGCAGAUGCUCAAACUGUGAUUUGUGAGGAACAGCCUGAUAAUGGGUUUGAUUACAAGCAGCAGCUGAGUCCCACGGGAAAGCCCAGCUCCAACCCCCCACUGUCAUCCUCUCAUAGCAGGCAGGAUCAUCUUACUGGCUUGGCCUGUUCACCUGCGUCCAACCAGGCUCUUUCUCAUCAGUCUGAUAACCACAACCAUACAGAUGCCCCAUGUGGCAUGAAUCAGAGGUCAGAUGAGAGCCCACAGCGGAGGCAACAUGUAACUGGGGAUGUCAUCAAUAACCAAAAUAUACCCAUGACAAAUGUCCAAACUACAGCCAUCAAUCCAUUUGCUUCUCCUGAUAAGAGAUCAGAUGCACAAACACAGGAGGCUAUAGUUACCACAGAAGCAGCAAUACUCACACAGGAGAAUCAGGGCCCACUCACCAACAGCCAAACUUGUGUGGGAGAGAGUUGCGUGGAGAGUGCCCUUGAAGAGGCUUUAGUGGUGGUUGCUGCGUUGCCACGGACAACACCCACGAUGCCAGAAGUGAUAGAAAGCAACGGAGAGGGAGAAAGCGUGAGGUGUGAUUCACUGGAAAGAGUAGCCACUGUAGCAAUUGCAGAGAGUGAGGAAGCAGUAGGAGAGAGGGAUUUGGGAGGAAUAGAAAAGUGCCUCUGCUCUGCAGACGGAGAGAGAGGAGGACUCCUGGACAGCCUUCCUCAGCUCUCAUUAAUCUGUUCACAAGGAAAAUGCUCACUUGCAUUCUCAGCCAAAGAGGGACAGGCUCCGUCUGAGAAAAGCUGCAGCAGCAAAAUGCCACACAACUCGGCUGAGACUGAAGUGAAGGGACCGAGAGAGGCAACCGUUCACAGUGCAGAUGCAGAGACCUCACCAGCUGAAGAGGGAGACAGAGAAAAGGAUCCACUCCGGAUAGAAACCUAUAUCAAUAUUUCUCCCCUUGGGCUACUCACUGGUCUUGAUUGUCAGGCUCACAGUGCUGUGGGAUUGGAGGGAGCGGGAGAGGGAGGAGGAGGGGGAGGAGGAAGAGGAGGAGGAGAGGAGGUGGGAGAGAAAGCAGGGCUGGCUAGAGAGCACAGUUCAUUCAGCCAGCCAGAAGGCUCUGCUAGUGGGGUGUCAUCAGCUGAGACUGAGACGUGUCCGCCCACCGAUGUUGCCGAGUCACAGCUGAAGUCACAGAGCUGGAGUGAGCCGAUUUCUACCAUCACCGAGAGCAUCUGCACUGAACAGGACCGUCUCUCUCACCCCUGCCAGAAGCAGCACGGCGCAGCAAUUUCACCUCUCCCCAUUCACCCUGAGCAGAGCUCCAGCAAUACAAAUGGAGGGGUAAGAGCUGAUCUUACACAGAAUUUGAUUUCUGAGGAAGUACCGUCUUUGGGACGCACUUGCGAGGAGUCAUCCAUCACAGAGACAGAGAGAAACUACGGCCAAGUCUUGCUGUCUUUAAUCAAACCUCAGCCUUUGACUACUUCACAACAAAUCCCAGUCAAGCGUCAAGCGAGCAGCAAUCAACAGGUCCAGCCUGAAAGUAGCACAACAGAAGCCAGGACAACCGAAAGUGCAGCUGAGUUCCAAGUCCAAACCCAGGCCCAGAGCAAUAGUGGUAGCCCUGCAAUGUCUGGAGUGGGUGUGUAUGUAUGUGGCAGUAGUGGAAGCAACAACAGAGUUCACUUUGCAGACACUGUGAAACAAGAGGACUGUUCCUCUGUGGAUCUCAGGAACAUGUCGGUGCCGGUGAUGGACUGCGCCUCUUUACCCCCGCUGACCGUACAUGAGAGUUUGCAUCAUCCUGUUGUUGAGGCCAGCUACAUCUUCCCAGACUUCCUCAGCUUGAAGAGGACCAGAAAUCCCAACAAAUGCAGCUCCUUCCAUGGAUGAACCAGCAAAACAGAGCUCAGAUGACUUUUCAAAGCCACAGAAAGAUACCCAGUUGGAUAAAGGAGACUUGGAGAGUAAAGAUACCAAGGAGAACAAUGCCAUAGAUCAAUCACGUAACGACAGCUUGGUGACAAACACUGUGGAUUUACAGUUGGUGACCGAGGCCUGCACAAAACAGCUUCCAUGUCAUACAGAGAAGAAUCAAACUGGUAAUGAGGAAUGUUUUGACCUUUUACAAACAGCAGGAAAUGCCAUCUCUAAGGCUGAUCCUGUAACAGUUGAACAGGUGUCAGCAAAGGUGAUGAAGCAAGAGGAGGCGGAAUCAGUGAAGGGUCCUAUAAAUCUGUGUUUGUCAAAGGAUGGAGAGAAGGAGCCAAAUAAGUUGCAUGCUGAGUCUACAGGCUCAGUCAAGCUGGACCAGCCUCAGGAGUCACCUUUAGUAAGUGAUGCUGCUAUUCUUGAAGAAAAAGAAGGUAAUCAACAUCCUCUCUCUUCACGUUCCGUGCUUCCAGCUGAUGAUGUUACCUGCAAGCCUUUAAAUGAUGUCUCCACUGAGUUGCCUGUUGGACAGCUUUCCUCUGACCUUGACCCCUCUUCAGAACCUGAAACUGUCACCUUGACCUGCACAGCAACUUUUCAGGCAAUGCCUAGCGAUCCCAGUUAUCAGCUUCCCACCCAAUUAGAUCAAACACCUCCUUGUGGAUUAGAUACCACAGAUCCCAUGAAAGAUAGUGAAGGGCGUAAGUCCACAAUUCACUCUGCUGAUCUGACAAAGGAUGAAUCAGUGACUUCAGAAGAAACAGCCUCUGACCAGUCAAUUCCUGUUAUCGAGCAAUGUGCCCGUAAUCCUGCUUUUGUACUGCAGCCUCCUGGCCCAAUGUUGAGUCACCUGGAGUUCAUUACUGACUGUGAUAUCUCUCUUCCUGAGCAUACAGAUAAGCGCAAUGCUGAUAGGUGACAGCACCAAAGUCCCUGGAGAGGUGAAUGGCAUCAAGAGCAGGGAAGUGACACAGAAGUCUUCAGCACAGGAUCUUGAGCCUGUUGAUGUCAGUGUUAAAGCAGAUGAGACUUGGCCAAAACUGCAAGAGCGACAUUAUGCCACAGAGUCUGAUGCUGGGGUUGAGAAUUCUUCGAUUAAUAAUGUAAAUAUUUCAUUUUCACAAGAGGAGAAUCUGUCUCUUCCAAUUCAGCCUCCUGGUGCAGUGGGCACACUGGCAAAGGAUGAAUCUGAUAAUAUAAUUUCUCUAUCUCAAACUGAGCCAGAUUCUAUUACCAUUAAACCUGUUAUUUCUGAAGCAUCCAUUAGCGAUGGCCUCAUAAAUGUUAGCUGCCCACUCAGCUCUGACCUACCCACCAACGAGGCUUAUGAUGAAAUUAAGAAGGACAAUAUGAAAGAGAAACACAAAAUGGCAGAUCAGACCUCCAUGUUGUUUCAAGAGAAUGAGAAACAAGUCGGAGAAGCAACAGUGGAUAAUCAAAAGGAAACAGCAAUCAGCAGCAAGCUGCAGACAGGAAAGACAAGCACAUCACCACAACAGAGUAAUGGACCAGAUAAAGAGGCUGUAGGGGAAACUGGAGACCUGCAGUCAUCACAUAAACAUAAAGUUCAAAAGAGUGAAGUGCCAAUAAGGGAUAUAAA